AUGUUUGUAUUGUCUUCGGCCGGACUCGUCUUUGAACCUAGGACUCAAGACGAACCGGCGUCAUCGGGCGACAGCGGGGACGAGAGCGGCAGUGAACCCGAGUCGCCAAGCGAGAAGAAGAGCCACCAUCAGGAGUGGGUAUGCAGCGACAACGUAGACCGGAGCAAUACUAGAGAACCUCAAAACGACAACGUACCUUCCACGUCCUCGACUAGCCAAGAACCAGAAAGCAGCAAGUCAAGUCAACCCUCCCUGCCAAAAAUUCUGCCAAAGAUCAAUCUACCCGGUGGAGCGAUGCUGUAUCACUCGGGCGUCUUGGCCGGAGUCGGCUUAGAUGGCCUGGGCACUAAUCUUGGACUAAGCAAUUUGGCGAUGGGUUACCCUCAUAGUUUCAUUUUAGGGCUUGCCAAUCAAGGACAAGAAGGCGCUUCAUCUUCAACGCAGCCGCAGUUCAUCACCAUCCCACUGUCGAUGGCAAUGGCGGCGGCCGGCAACUCUACCACGAACGGCUGUCCGGUCUCGGCCUCCAGCGAUGACAGCAGUGAACUACAAGACCUCAGCACUGGGGAUAGGAAGUGA